AGAAGGUGAAAACCCUAAUCGGAGAUCUUCCAAUCGCCUUGAGCUAUGGAGCAACCUCAGGAGUCGACGCCGGCAGCGGAUGAGAUUCGCUCCUUACGGGUCGACGGCUUGAUUCCGAGGAUGGGUGAGAUGUAUCUCUACAACUGCUUCAGUGACUGCGCAGAGGUUUUGGCUGCAACAGUUUUGCGGAAAGUGCAAACCGGAUGGCAGGAAAAUCAUGGUUUUGUCGAGUUUGCUUCUCACAGUGUGGCUGAGUUUGUCUUGAGCUCCUACAAUGGUGAGCUCAUGCCCAACCACAAUAAUCGGAGAUUUUACCUGAGCUGGGACACUGAUGGUUACGGUACAAGGUGGCGCUGGGAUCCUGUUUACCAGCAAUGGUCUUUCUUUGGUUAUGCUGAGCACGGUGGUAUGUUGGAUGCCAAGACAGUGAUCGAGUUGUACAAGGACUGCAUACCUGUUGUUACUGAAAAGCCAUCUGGUAGUGCUCAGCAAUAUUCGCAAGCUGCCUACCCAAAUACUCUUGGAGAUUCAGGCGAGGCUAUUCCAAAUAACACAGAAAACCAGCUAGUACAGACAAAGUGGAAUGGUUAUGGUCAUGCUGGAUCUAUGGAUAGUUACAAGCGUUUGAAGCGUGCAGAUGUGGAUCUAUGGAAUGGUGGUAAUGGUGCUGGGUUUAUGUUUAUGCAGAACAACUUGAUGCGUCCACAUGACCUUAACCUGUAUCAUGGAGGACAGGCUGGAUAUGGAAAUUACCAGCAGCCUGGUCUAUACCCGCAGCCUUGUGCUUAUCAGCUGCCUUAUCAGCAACAUCAGACACAGUGGACUGUUGGCAGUGAUGUGCGUCCACUUGGGCAGCUCACCCAAGUUCCUAACCUGCAGGCGGGAUAUGUAAAUUACCAGCAGCAUGGUCUCUACCCACAGGAGAAGACGCUGUAUUUAUGUUUCGAUGAGCACAAUUCCCUGAUCAAUUGUUGUUAUGUUCUCCGCACCAUAAAUUUGUCCGAGUUACUUGCAUGCUCCUGUGAGUUUAGCAGCGAUACUGAAGAAAUAACCAAGUGCAGCUAUUGCACCUCCAAAGUCAAACCGGAAUCUCGGUUGCGCCAGCGGGCUUGGCUCUUCGCCAGCGAGGAAAAUCCUUUCAGCUGCGGUAGGGUGGAGGUGAUAAUUCCUGCGCGUAUGGGUUGCUGUGCCUCCGGCUCCCAAAUCUUCUUCUCUGGUGGCAUAGCUCCACUACCACUUCAGGAAAGACGAUUUAUGAAAAGACUAUUUCUGCCAAGUGGAGAUGUCUAUAGUUUUGAACCCAAGUCUAUGUUUUGGAAAAAGCAUGAUUGGAGUUUCCUGAAGGGGAAACCAGACCCCUUGCUUUUUGAGGUGAACGGAAAUCUCUAUUGUCUCACAGGUAGGCCCCUGGGUUUUUCUCUUGAUCGUCCCACUUUCGAGGUAUACUAUAGCAGUUCUGGUGAAUGUGAGGCAUUGCCGGAUCCUCCAUUUUACCUACCGGAACUAGAUCAGAACAAAAACGACAGCGGCCGUUUGCCUGGUAGUGAAUUGUCUUAUGCUAUUGUUGGUACCAAGAUCUUGAUCUCGAGCAGGCACAACAAUGAAUCAAUCCCUAACUUUCCCAUUAUGUGUUUUGAUGUGAAUGAGAAGGAAAAGAAAUGGAGAGAGAUGACUUCCUUGUUCGAUGGUAAGCCCUUUCCCUUCAUCAGCAGGGCGGCUUUGGUCUUGGACUUGAACGAUGGUACACAUGAUAAGGUCAUGUUUUCCGUUCGUGAAUAUCACGAGAUGUAUGUCUCCCGAUUAGUUGUGAAUGAUGAUGGUAGUAUAUACAACUCUCAGGAUUCUCCUCUGUUGUUUUUUAACUGGUCCUAUACCUUCUUUGGUGACCUUUGUCCUUUACAUUCAAAGUCAUACAGCUUUGUCGAUCUAGGAAAUCAAAAAGUUGGCUUUGUUGUGUGCGGGAACAUGGGUACAAUGGCAAGAGGUGAUACACCUUCUCUCCGGAUGGUGCGUGUUCUUGUGUUAGUAAUUGAAUAUGAAGUGACAAAAUCAAGAUAUGUACGGGGAAAGCUUCUGGCCACUCGCACCUUUGAAUACAAAUGCCAUUCCGCCGGCCUCCGAUCCGUCGACUUGAUUGGUAGCUUUGUGUUCUAACUCACUCCAACCGUUGGUCUUGUGGUGCGGCAGAGGAGAAUCACAGGUUCCUACUCAUGUUUCCUUGUGAAAUGGAAAUGAAUUCUUGUGGGCUGAUACUGGGCCUGUAAUUUUGGAGAUGAUAAUGGGCCUGUAAUUUUUCCUUUUGUUAGACCAUUUAUCAAUGCAGUGUAUAUCUGUUCCUUCUAACUUGAUCUUCAUCUGUGAGGACUUGGUUUUUAAAUCUGACUGUUCAAACAACCUUGUUUGUAACAGCAAAUUUGGAUAAAUGACCAUUCAAGUUGAA